AUCUAACAAGCGCCAUUAUGAUGGUGAUCAAGAGGAUGUACAAGGAAAUCAAAUUCAUUGUCUCUUAUCUGAAACGAUUUCAACAUUGGAGUCAACAGGAGAACACACGUCUAAUACGUCUAAUAAAGAAAUUACUAAA